UAUGUCCUAGGUGCUAUAUGUGUAGACGCGGUGUAGCUGGUUUAGGUGGUGUUAGAGGGCAGGCAGUAGACGCGGGAGGUGGUGUUAGAGGGCAGGCAGUAGACGCGGGAGGUGGUGUAGACGCGGUGUAGCUGGUUUAGGUGGUGUUAGAGGGCAGGCAGUAGACGCGGGAGGUGGUGUAGGUGGUGUUAGAGGGCAGGCAGGACUGGUCAACAUGGCGACGGACGGGAUGGUGCUCACCAACCACGACCAUCAGACUCGAGUGGGCAUCCUGACCGUCAGUGACAGUUGUUACAAGAACUUGGCUGAGGACAGAAGUGGGGUCAAUUUGAAGGACCUGGUCCAUGAUCCUUCGCUGUUAGGUGGCGUCAUCACAGCCUAUAAAAUUGUCCCAGAUGAGCUUGAUGAAAUCAAGGAAACUCUUUUGGAGUGGUGUGAUGAACAGGAGCUGAAUCUCAUUCUCACCACUGGAGGAACCGGAUUCGCACCCAGAGAUGUGACACCAGAGGCAACCAGAGACGUGAUCGAGAGAGAGGCUCCAGGCAUGGCUCUGGCCAUGCUGAUGGGAUCCCUUAACGUCACGCCACUCGGCAUGUUGUCCAGGCCAGUGUGUGGUAUCCGUGGUAAAACUCUGAUCAUCAACCUUCCGGGGAGCAAGAAAGGCUCUCAGGUAUAGUUCUUGGACCUUGGGAACACUGCUUUUCUCUCUCACCUAACUGAUCCAUUUGAAGACA